UUACAAUGGGAGGAGGAUUCCGAGUUUUGCAUUUGGUGAGGCCGUUCUUGGCUUUUCUUCCAGAGGUCCAGAGUGCUGACAGGAAGAUUCCAUUCAGAGAGAAAGUGAUCUACACAGUGAUCUCUCUCUUCAUUUUUCUCGUCUGCAGUCAGCUUCCUCUCUACGGGAUCCACUCUACGACCGGUGCUGAUCCGUUCUAUUGGAUGCGUGUCAUUCUUGCCUCAAACCGUGGUACCGUGAUGGAGCUCGGUAUUACUCCUAUCGUCACGUCUGGACUCGUGAUGCAGCUCUUAGCAGGGUCAAAGAUCAUCGAGGUUGACAACAAUGUCCGUGAGGAUCGUGCUCUCUUGAAUGGUGCUCAGAAGCUUCUUGGGAUUCUGAUUGCCAUUGGUGAAGCUGUUGCGUAUGUUCUCUCUGGAAUGUACGGUCCCGUUGGACAGCUUGGUGUUGGAAACGCUAUUCUGAUCAUCCUCCAGCUUUUCUUUGCUGGAAUUAUCGUUAUCUGCCUUGACGAGCUUCUUCAAAAGGGAUAUGGUCUUGGCUCCGGGAUCUCCCUUUUCAUAGCAACCAAUAUCUGUGAAAGCAUUAUCUGGAAAGCAUUUAGCCCCACAACGAUCAACACUGGUCGUGGAGCUGAGUUCGAAGGCGCUGUUGCUGCGCUCAGACAAGCUUUCUACAGGCAAAACCUUCCGAAUGUUACCAACUUGCUUGCAACGGUGUUGAUCUUCCUGAUCGUUAUCUACUUCCAAGGCUUCCGUGUUGUGUUGCCCGUGAGGUCAAAGAGUGCCCGUGGCCAACAGGGCUCAUACCCGAUCAAGCUGUUCUACACCUCAAACAUGCCAAUCAUUCUCCAGUCUGCUCUCGUCUCAAACCUCUACUUCAUCUCUCAGCUUCUCUACAGGAAAUUCAGUGGAAAUUUCUUUGUAAACCUAUUAGGACAGUGGAAAGAGUCAGAGUACAGUGGACAAUCUAUACCAGUUAGUGGUCUUGCUUACUUAAUCACAGCUCCAGCAAGCUUCGCGGAAAUGGCAGCUCAUCCGUUCCAUGCUCUGUUCUAUAUCGUCUUCAUGCUCACCGCUUGUGCCCUCUUCUCAAAGACCUGGAUCGAAGUCUCCGGGUCUUCUGCUAGAGAUGUAGCGAAGCAGCUCAAGGAACAACAAAUGGUGAUGCCUGGACACAGAGAGUCGAACUUGCAGAAGGAGCUGAACCGGUACAUCCCAACCGCGGCUGCAUUCGGAGGAGUGUGCAUCGGUGCGCUCACCGUUUUGGCUGAUUUCAUGGGAGCCAUUGGAUCAGGGACUGGAAUCUUACUGGCGGUGACAAUCAUUUAUCAGUAUUUUGAAACCUUUGAGAAGGAAAAAGCCAGCGAGCUCGGCUUCUUUGGGUUU